CCCAUCAAUCAAAACCCUCUGUCAUAAAGAUAGUGUAAUAACAUUAGCCAUACUGGUGACUAUACCUCCACUAUGAAAAAUAUGCAAUUUCAAGUCUUGAAUUCAAAACUUUUGCAUGACUAAAUAUAGGCUUGGUAUUUGCGUUGCGACUUCUGAAGUUGUAAUAACAAUAAUAUAACAAACACUCUUACUUCCUCUAACAUCAUUGUCCAGCGUCACAAAAUACACACGACACAAUACAAACAGAUGGCUGGGUGUCCGGAAACCUGUGUAGGAAACCAUGUCAUGGCCCUGUGGGUGGGCUCUGACUAAACCUUCUAGAAUGGUCAUUUUACUGGGGGAUAGGUUGUCUACCGCUGGGAGGUUAUGCAUUGGUAGGUAGCAUGUAUGUAUGUGGCGUACAGUGACCGCCUUAACUUCAGCGCCUAUGCCGAACCACCGGUUUCAUACAAAAUAGAAUUUGGAAGCGUGAAAAGAGAGUGUGUGUGCGAGUGCAUGUGGGUAUGCUUCUCACACUGACGCUGUGUUGCUGCAGCUGUGCUUGUUCAGAGUUGAUCCACUGUGGAGACUGAAUAGGCACAAGGAGCUAAUCAAGACCUGCAUGGACAAAGGCCCUCAGUUGACUCUAUAAUGCCACAGAGCAGCAUCAAGUAUUACCAGCAGAGUAACACAGUAUCAACCAUCUGCUAUAUAAUAAUACUAACUGGGAAUGGCCCAAGAGUUUGGUGCAAAUACUUGUUGGCCCACAAAUCCAGUGAUACGGUUGGUUACUACGGACAAAGAGAUGAAAGAUGAACUUGACCGGUUGACCAAUGAGAUCAAAAGCGAUGCCAACUCUGUGCGAGUUAAGCUUAAAUCUAUGGAGCAGAGCCUGCCCAAGGAUGAUGUUUCUAACAGGGCCUCGGUUGAUUUCCGCAUUCAGAAAACCCAGCACACGGUGCUCUCCAGGAAGUUUGUGGAAGUCAUGAGUCAGUACAACAAGACUCAAGUGUCGUUUAGGGAGAGAAGCAAAGGAAGGAUCCAGAGACAGCUGGAGAUAACUGGGAGAGUGACUAGCAAUGAGGAACUGGAGGACAUGCUGGAGAGUGGCAACCCAUCCAUUUUCACAUCUGAUAUCAUCUCUGACUCUCAGGUCACGCGGCAGGCCUUGAAUGAGAUUGUGUCACGGCACCAGGAUAUCAUCCGCCUGGAGUCCAGCAUCAAGGAGCUCCAUGCCAUGUUUAUGGACAUGGCCAUGCUGGUGGAGAAUCAGGGGGAUAUGGUCAACAACAUAGAGAACAACGUCUCCAAUGCAGCUGAAUACAUAGGCCGUGCCAAAGAGGAGACCAAAAAAGCUGUGAGAUACCAGAAAAAAUCCCGGAGGAAACUCAUCCUCCUUGCCUUUGCUCUAUUGAUCCUGCUUGCUGUCAUUGCACUAAUUGUUGGUCUGUCUGUUGGACUAACCAAAUCCCCUAUAUGAGCCCUGUCCUGCUAUCUGUCUGGGGUAACUACUACUGUGCAUUUUAUCAUGAUCAACAUAACAUUCAACACCAAUUCCUUCCAUUCACAUCCCGACGCCGGCGGGUUUUUGACUUCUAACCCUUUUUAAACAUUGUGUGUUUGAGCUUCAGACUUCUGCGUCGUACCAUUGCAUGUGUCUAUUUCUUCUCCAUCUGUUGGUUAACGGGGGCUGAGCUAGAGCGGUGUUUGUGAGAUAAGGGCGGAUCACGAAGGGGGCCGGGGCUGGGUGUUUUUACAAAAACGUCUGUAGACUGAAUUGUUUGAGUUACAAACUAUGAAAAGCUGCUCUACGAUGCUCACUAGCUACACAAGAGUCGUUAGAAGGUAAGGGGUUCUUCUGCAUAGAAGAUCACAGGAAAUCCAAGGACGUAGUGUCUAUAAUACUAUAAGAUCACAUAGUUGCUGUCACAAUCUCCAAACUCCACACGGGUGUCACUGAAUAGUUGGAUAUUCAUUUACCACUAAAAAAGCUAUUUCUGUACUUAUAGCAUUCAUAUACAUUUCAUUUUUAUCGGGGGUUUUGCUUGGGAAGACUUUUUUUUAUUGACAUUUGUCAAUAAAACCCAUGAAUUUAACUGUUCAUGUCAAGUUGUUUUGUUUUUUACUUGUAUCCCUGGUUGUCCUGGUAAAACACUUCACUGUGAGGCUAAAUAUAAGGGCUGGACAUGCAGAUAGAUGAAAAGCUGAUUUUUGCUGGGCUCUUGGGAGUAAUAGGGUUAACACAUUGAGGUACUGUUCUUGAUAGUGGUUGAUAUAGCAGUCCAGUUUUGAUUUAGAGAAUCUCAGAAUUUGAGAAUCACAGUAAUGGAUAAAUUGCCAAGUUAGGUUCAUAGUAACUACAUUCAAAUAGAUGAACACAGACGCAAUUAUGUCGGUUAAAUUUGGUCAUUUUGGUUUGUUAUGUACUAAAUGAACAGUGAACCAAAUGUAUCUUCCUCUCUCACAGAAAUUGUUCUGGCUUGCCAUUUGUGUGGCACUGGCUCUCCUCAUAGUCAUCAUUAUAGCAACAAUAUUUGACUGACCAUUGAGAGGCCCCACUGUUCAGAACAGCAGAGGAGUCUACAGCAGUUUCUCACACCUUUGGGGCCAAGUUCCAGUCAUCAAACCCUGCUCAAUGUUCAACUCCUCCUCCAACACCAAGACAGGCAUUUCACUUCUCAGAGGACAAUAGAUCCAGCUGUAUCCACCAUGUUAUUACAAUAUUACACCUCUUGACUCCAUAUAAUGGCUGAGUCAGUGGCCUUGGCUUACACAACUUCACAGAAGCCCCAGGGCUCCUAGGAAAACACUCCCUCUUGCUGCAAUAAUACAGGGUAGCCUUUUUUACUGUCUGUGCAAGUAACUACAAUGAAGUCUCUACAGGACUGCCAUAGGCUACAUGUCAACAAUGACUACCAUUGCAAACUACAUAGACACACAGACUCACCUCUACUGCUGCCAUAAAGGCUAAUAACACGUUACAUGGUAAGUAGAGAGAUGUCACUUUCAAACUUUACUGAGCAGAAUGAUUUUUAUCUACACCAUAAUUUAGACGCUUUAAAGCAAUUCAUUUCUAACUGUUAAAAUAUAACUUCAGUUUAUGUGAUUUUGUGCAAUUUAGUGUAACGACCAGAACAAGAUGAUUUCAUACAACUUAGGUGUAAUGUUUUUUUUUCUCCUUGUGAUGAUCAUGACUAAAUGUGCCUUAAGAGAACCGAACACGAUAAUACUUAUUAAGUGUACUAAAUAACACACUCCCAAUGAAAACUUUGAUUGGAAACCAUUUCACUGUUGGGAUGAAAUGUUUGUGUCUUGUUUUGACUACACCUAUUACUUUGGUCUGCACUUAGAUUUUGUAUUUAUUUAUAUGAUUUAUUUAAGUGUCAUACACCUACUGGUGCCCAGCCCACAAGACACAACAGAACCAAAUAACAUUUGACAAAUUAUACAUAUCAUUCGCAUACAAUAAUUCUGGCCAGUAUAGCUACCAUCUAGCCACUCUACACAAAAAGUUGAUAUCUCCUUUCCUGGCAUCGUGAACAAACUGAGCAAUCUCAAACACCAUGUCUGAAAGAGAAUUCAAGCCUCUGCUCAUCGCGUAACCAGAAAACUUCAGUUGUCACCAAAAUGUUACAAAAAAAGAACACAUCUCAGAUUGUCAUAAAGGUCAAUAAAACACUAAAUGGAUUUUGUCUUUGAUUUCCCCGAGAUCACACAGUAUGAAAUCAUCUUAGCAAAUUCUCUCCUCUUCGGGCACUCUGUUAAAUCUACCUGACUCUAUAGCCAGAGGGAGGGUUUUGAGUUGUGCACAAACUGACCUUUGGCUUUUUGUUAGGUUUAGGCGGACAAAUGAUUCAGGGGUGUAGUUCUCUUUGAUGAGAGUGUAUGUUUAAACCAAUCAUCAACUGCCCAUUUUUCCUUGUGGAUCAGCAAAAGCUUGUCCUUGAUUUGGUUAACACCACAUGAUAAUAUGUUCCUGAUUUGUUCCUUUGUAUGAACAGAUUGUUUGUAAUACACACUCCUGAGAUCUUUGUCUCCUGCGUGUGGAGCUUUUGAUACAUAGGUCAUUUUGUUGUAGUAUCAUUGAGUCAGAUCAACAUUGAGUCAGAUCUUUCUGCAGUUGAUACAGCUGGAAUAUUGUGUAGAUAAACAAUAAAUAUGUAAGUGAA